GCUGAUCUCGUACUGCAAGUGGAAGCAUCGAUGCCUUAUAUUCGCAAAUUGACCUCCAGGUCAUCCGUACGAGUGUACCCCAACCAAACCGAUUUCCUCAAACGCCUGAGAAACAGAUUUGGUUUUGAUUCGUCUACCGUCGGAGUGUUGGAGGAGGAAUGGGAAAGUAAGGAGGAGGAGCUCUUCCACGAAUUUCGUCAAGUGGUCAAAGACCAGAAUCAUCAGCUUCAUAAGUUACAAAGAAAUGUUGAUGUGAUGUAUUCGGAACAAGUGAAAACAGCAGCUAUGCUUCGAGCCGUCAUGGAACGUCUUGAAGUCAACUUUCAGGAGACCGUCAAAGAUUAG